AACGCAGCUAAUCGGUUCUACCAAAGAUGUUUGACACACGAAGGCGGCCACGUAACGACGAGUAAAUUCAGAGCCGAUGACGUUUGCUACUCAGCACGGCACAUACGUUUUAAUGUCCUAAACUUACAGUGGUUAUUUUUUGGCCGAAAUGGAUGGUGUGGAAAUUACAGACGUCAGUGACGGUGACCAGCGGGAUCAGGUGAAGAAGGCGCCCCUCCAAAACCAGGAUCUGAGUUCUGUCAGCGUGAAUGUUGGAGAGCUGCUGGCCCAGUAUGGGUGGUGUCUGCUGGUUGUGACUGUGCUGGUCUACCUGCUCAUCCAGCACCUGAACAAGAAGAAAUCCAGCCGGAGCAGCUCGAGCCCGCCAACACAGCAAGAUGCUGCGUUGGUGGCCAGAAAUCAAGAGGCCAUGGAAACGGCUCGGAGAAAGAUGCAAGAGGAGCUCCAUGCCAAAGCAGCCGCCUUCAGAGAAAAACAGAAACAGCAAGAAGAAGAGAAGAGGAGGCAGAAGAUAGAGAUGUGGGAAUGUGUGCAACAAGGAAAGAGUUACAAAGGAACUGCAAAGCUUUCUCAAACCACUGAAGAGGCCAGCACAUCAACAACAGUGCUGAAACCAAAGACUGAGAGGAAGCCGCUGCGCAGUGCAGACUACAAUCCUCUGACUGGACAGGGAGGGGGCGGCUCUUGCGCCUGGAGACCUGGCAGGAGAGGGCCAUCAUCUGGUGGAUGAGGUUAAAGAAGGCUGGAGACAUUGGUCUGUAUGACCUUUGACCUCUGGCGUCCUGAUGUACACACUGACUGGCUGAACCAAGCUGACAAUGUCACCAAGCCCACUCUUUGUUUAGACUAUUUUCAACCUGCUCUAUACUUGUGAUGAGGGUUAAUCGCUUAGCAUCAUUCAUAGCAUUUACCUGCUGUCCUGUUUCAGUUUGCUUGAUUCAAUCUACUGUUGCUGACUCUGCGCUGCUGAAUAUCAUACUGUAGUGUAAUUAUCAGAAAUUACAAAAAGGGGUAAAUGCAUUUGGAACUGAAAGCUUGUAAUGACGCCAUUCAUUUAAAUGGUAUGAAACCAGAAUGUUUGGCUGAUGAAUUUCAGUCAGUGUGUCUUUGUUUUCUAUUUUAGUUUAGUUUAUGAAUCAAUCACCAUAGUUUUAUAGUUGAUAUUACUACAGCACCUGCUAAUUUUGUAAGGAGGGUAUAUCUGUACUGUCACAAAUUUUAUGAAAUAAAGACACGGCCUCCCGAAA